AAACAAUACUUCACAACAACUAAGGCAAAUUCAUAUCCCAUAUAAAUUUAAUAAAAUAUUAAAAAUCAAAAUGAAAAGAGAAUUAAAUAUUGCAAUCAUUGUUACUGACGAGGAAUUAGAAGCUAAAAAUUUUAAAGAAUUUUUUGGAUUAUAUGACAAUUUUAUUAAGAGAUAUGGAUUAGUUGAUCAUAUUAAAACUACUAGAUUUAGCGCAGUUCAAAAGGAGUGGCCAGCAAAUCCAUUAGAAUAUGACGGAUAUGUAAUUACUGGAAGUAAAGCAUCAGCAUACGAUAAGGAUGAGUGGAUUACAGUUUUAAAAGAAAGAGUUGUUCAUUUAGAUCAAAAUGAAGUUAAAAUUUGUGGUAUUUGCUUUGGUCAUCAAAUCAUUGCUGAGGCAUUAGGCGGUAAAGUUGAAAAGAAUGAAAAAGGUUGGGAACUCGGCCAACACAGCAUUCAAGUCGAAGAAAGCGUUAUUCAAAUCUUUUCAAAAAUUUUAAAUACAAAUGAUACUACAAAAUCAGUUGCAGUUGCCGAUGUAGUAAUUGAUGAAAAUAAUAUUAAUGACAGUAAUGAAGUUGCAACCAGUGAUAAUAGUGCUUGUUCAACACAGGCUAAAAAAGAUAAAGAUUUUAUUAGUAUUUUACAAAUUCACCAAGAUCAUGUCUCUGUAAUCCCAGAAGGUAUGAUCUCAAUCGGUUCAACACCAAAAUCUCCAGUCCAAGGUAUGUUAAAAGAAUCAAAAAACAAACCAGGCUCAUAUCAUAUUAUUUCAUUCCAAGGUCAUCCAGAGUUUGAUCGUAGUUAUAUUUCUUUAUUAAUUAAUGAUCUUCAUGAAGUCGAUACUGAUUUUAGAAAUGAAGCAUUAAAAUCAUUACAGGAAUCAUCAUGCCAACCUUGGUUAUCAGAAUUAGUAUAUGGUUUUUUCAAUAAUUAAUAUAAUUAUAAUAUAAUAUAAAUAAAAUAAUAUAAUAAAAAUAUAAUGUAAUAGUAUAUUAUAAAAUAUAAUAAAAUAAUAUAAUAUAAUAUUGUAUUUUAAAAAAAAAAGAAAUAGAAAUAUAUAAAUAAAAAACUAAAAAAAUAUUUAUU